AGGUAUCUCCAUCUCCACGCCCGCCCGCUGCAAUGGCUUCCGUGGCGAGCUGCUCCGUCAUUUGACCGUGUAUGCAAAAUUCCAAGUAUGUGAGUCGAUCUUCGAUACUACACUCCAAGAUGACGCCGACGAUCUUCGCUUUUGUGCUGUUUUGUGCGUCGAACAUGGUUUCUGCCGAGAUGUGGUGCUAUUCAUGCAUCAGCAACCAGCCGGGUUGCAAAGACGACGUCAACUGGCUGAUACACCAUGCGAUCACAUGUCCACGUGCCGAUGACAAGUGUGUCAAGAUCGUCGAGCGCAAAGGAUCGGAGGUGCUCUACACGCGGGACUGCCUGUCGAACCUGGAGUUUUACAGGCACGACAUCCCCGCCGACACGUACGAGGGCUGCCGCCCCGCCGCAGAGAGCCCCAAGCUGGCCGUCUACGUCGACAACGAGAUCAAGGAGCUCGAGCUCAAGAGGGACUACUACACCUCCGUGGACUACUGCUUCUGCGAGUUCUACUACUGGUGCAACGCCGCUGCAUCCCUCUCCCCGAUGUGGAUCCUACCUUGCUUCCUGGCACUAGUGCAGGUCUUGUCUAUCCUGACGCACUCGAGCCUUUAGCCAACUGAAGUUUUGGCCCACCUACUGCCCAAUUCCGAGUGAAAUGUCACGCAACAUUCCAAGAAGUUGCAUAGCCUUCUUUGGCCGCAUACAAAAAGUCUACUCCGUUUCACCCUACGAUGGACCACAGCGGAUGCUACAAGCCACCCCGGUCAGUUCGAGGUUGCGAUUGCGUCACUCGACUAUGUGCACCGCACAUCGCCGAGUCGCGCUGGGAGGUCACGCGACACUCCCGCGGCAUUUAAUUGGCUUCAAUGUCUCCUAGUGUCCUUGCAGUCCAUGGUAAGGUGAAACGAGUAUAUCAUACCGUCCAUACUUUGUAUGUCCCAUCAUGUGUGCGGCAAUGAUGCAGCACAAUCAGUUUUUUUUUUUUUUGUUAAAGCUCAAGUUGACUGUACAGAAGUUUUAGCAAAUCAAAUCCUUACUGCUUGUACAUAGUGCCUGCAAAGUUAAAAAAUAAAAUAAAACAUUUACAAGAUCAGACUGCCACUGCAGCUAGGGAGAUGUAUGCUCCCAAAGGCAGUUAUGAAUAUUAACAAACAACCUCAGAAGUUUUUUAGUAUGUGCCUGUUUGCAGCAUAGCAUUCUGCUCACCUUGCAAGUUUUUUUCAUGCAAGCUAUUACGGAGUAUAUGGUUUUACCCAAGAGUGAAAGGGAAGCAAGAUCUUUGUGCCUUUUUAUUAUCCAUCUUCGUAACGCUCUCCACGCGAGAAUCUCUUAUACUUUUUACACCGUCGGCAAAAUAAAGAUUACAAUGUAUA